AUGCGACCCCAGGGGGUCUUCCUCUCGGUGCUGAUGUUCGGGGUGGCCGGGCUGCUCCUCUUCAUGUACCUGCAGGUGCGGAUCCAGGAGCAGCACGCAGGGAGAGUGGAGAGGAAGCGAGAACAAAAGGCCACAUCAGGGUGGGGGCCAGUAAAUGACCUGCAGCCUGUGCCCCGAGUCAGGACUGGAGGGGACGCCCGGGUGCAUACCACCGACCAGAACCCCGAGUUCCACAUGCCUGAGGGUUCCCAGGAAAAAAAGGAAAAUCCUCUUCUUCACCCUGAGAGGUUUAGUAGGGUCUUGAGGGAGACAAGGCCCUCACAAGGAGAAGGUCAACCUUUGGGCAAGACCACAGAGUCAACCAUUAAGUUGGUCAAAAAACAUCAAGGAACUAAGACCCUUUCCAAGAAGUCCAGAGGAAUGAGUUUGCCCCCGGACACGCGCCCUCUAAACAAAAGCUUAGUCCAGGACAACAAAUGGAGGAGGACGGAUGCCACCCAAGAGAGACGCAGGUCUUUUCUGCAGGAGUUCUGCAAGAACUACGGUGGGGCGAGUCAUCCUCAAACACAUCUCUUCCACAUGGUGUCCAGGAUCUACGUGGAAGAUAAGCACAAGGUCUUAUACUGCGAAGUUCCGAAGGCUGGCUGCUCCAACUGGAAAAGAAUCCUGAUGGUACUGAACGGGUUGGCUCCCUCGGCACACAACAUCUCCCAUGAUGCCGUCCACUACGGGAAGCAUUUGAAAAAGCUGGACAGCUUUGACCUGAAAGGGAUAUACACUCGUUUGAAUACCUACACCAAGGCGGUGUUUGUUCGUGACCCCAUGGAAAGAUUAGUGUCAGCCUUUCGCGACAAAUUCGAACACCCCAAUAGUUACUACCACCCGGUAUUUGGGAAAGCAAUUAUAAAGAAAUAUCGGCCAAAUGCCUGUGAGAAGGACUUAAAUAAUGGAUCUGGAGUCAAAUUCAAGGAGUUCGUUCACUAUUUACUGGACUCUCACCGCCCGGUCGGGAUGGACAUUCACUGGGAGAAGGUCAGCAAGCUCUGCUACCCGUGUCUGAUCAACUACGACUUUGUGGGGAAGUUUGAGACUUUGGAAGAAGACGCCAAUUACUUCCUACAGCUGAUCGGCGCCCCCAAAGAGCUGAGAUUCCCCAACUUCAAAGACAGGCACUCCUCCGACGAGAGGACCAGCGCUCAGGUCGUGGAGCAGUACCUAACGGGCCUGACCAGAACUGAGAGACAGCUUGUCUAUGACUUCUAUCGCUUGGACUACUUGAUGUUUAAUUACACCACUCCGUUUUUGUAG